CAAAAAAGAACCACACAAACCCUCACACUCUUAAUUACCUCUUCUUCUUACAAGUCUUCUACUAAUAGUACUAUUCCUUUGAUAUUUCCCAAACUUUCAAAAAACAUGACACAAGAAGAAGAAGUUGUACUUUUAGAUUAUUGGCCUAGUCCUUUUGGAACAAUGGCAAGAAUUGCCCUAGUUGAAAAAGGAGUCAACUACAUCCACAAGUUUGAGGAUUUGUCUAAUAAAAGUCCUUUGCUUUUGGAAAUGAACCCGGUUCAUCACAAAAUACCGGUUCUUGUUCAUAAGGGUAAAUCUAUUUGUGAAUCAAAUAUCAUAAUUCAAUAUAUUGAUGAGAUUUGGAAAAACAAUUUUCCCUUAUUGCCCUCUGAACCUUAUCAAAGAGCAAAAGCUAGGUUCUUGGUUGACUUCAUCAACAAGAAGGUACAUGGGUCAAGUGUAAAGGUAUGGGUGGGGCAAAAUGAAGAACAAGAAGAUGGUAAGAAAGAACUUGUAGAAUGGUCAAAGUUUUUGGAAGAAGAACUUGGAGACAAACUUUAUUUUGGAGGAGAUGUAUUUGGAUUUGUAGACAUUGCACUUGUUCCUUUCUACAAUUGGUUUAUUGUCUUCAAGACCUUUGCAAAUUUCAACACAAUUGAAAUAGAAUGUCCCAAGUUAGUGAUGUGGGGAGAAAGGUGUUUGAAAAGAGACGCAGUAUCCAAGUCACUUCCUACUUCAGAUCAAGUCUAUCAAGCUUAUUUGGAAUUCAAGAAAGGUUGGUGAUCACAUGGUUAAUUAGUAAACACAAAGACGGAUUCAGAAUUUUAUGUUUUAAUGAUCGAACAUGUCAUCUUGUUUGAGGUGGGACCAUCAUGAGUUAGAUGGUCUAAUGAUUUAACUUCUUCUUCAUCAGUCGAUAUGUUUGGAUGUUGGAAUCACGUAAUUAUAAGUAUGAGUAUUAUAUUGAUAAAAAGUGUAUCUAUAU